AUGGCCAAUUUGGACGACGAACUCGCUUUAUUCGAAAGCGAGCUAGCAGAACUCGAACAAACCACCAAUACGGAAACUCAUGUCGGCUACGAGAAUGCGACAAUAUCGGCUGGUCCGACGUCGUCUUCUGAGUCUUCAACUUCUGCUCCGGUGCUGCCUCCGCCACCGCUUCUCGCAGCACCGCCUUUCGUCCCAGCAAUCGUCGCUUCUCCAUUCAUAAAUCCAACGCUCGCAAGGCUUCCACCGAUGCCUCCAGUGCCGCCGUCACUCUUCAUGCCGCCACAACUCAGAGGAGCACCGGUGAUGUUCCCUCCUCGAGCUCUCGGAAUACCUGCUCCAGCUACCAUCGAAGGAGCACCUGCUCUCUACGAAACGCCAGCCGUCAAUGCGAUUCCUCAAGAGUUACUCCGUACACAGGCACUGCAGUCGGAUAUCGACAAAAUGAAUUUCAAGAAGCAAACGGAUCCGUUCAAGAAGAAAAUUAAGGAGCAGCAGUCGAAAAAGAAGUUCGUCCGAUCCGGCGGAGGACAAGUCUGGGAGGAUCCAUCGUUGGCCGAGUGGGACGAGAACGAUUUCCGUGUAUUCUGUGGAGAUUUGGGAAACGAGGUGUCGGAUGAGCUGUUGGCAAAGGCGUUCCGAAAAUAUCCGAGCUUUCAAAAAGCCAAAGUUGUGAGAGAGUCGCGGACCAACAAGUCAAAAGGAUAUGGAUUCGUUUCGUUUCGAGAUUCUGAGGAUUAUGUGAGAGCAAUGAGAGAAAUGGAUGGAAAAUACGUCGGAAAUCGGCCAAUCAAACUGAGAAAAUCAGCAUGGAAGGAGCGGAAUAUCGAUGUGAUCAAGCAGAAGAGAAAACAGAAGAAGGAAUUGGGAAUUCUUUAA